AUGGCUUCUGCGGCUGCAACUACUUCUGCAUCUGCCACUGGUGAUUUAGACAAUGUAUUUAAAACUCCAAGAACUCCAAGAGCAAACUCGAGGCCUCUGAUUGGCGGGAUCACUCCUAUGUUUGCUUUACCUUAUGGUACGCUGCCGAUGUUUAAUUUCAAUUCGCCCUUCCGUGUGUCGCCUAUGGGAAGCGUCAACAACGGUAGUGAUAUGUUUCCCUUGGGGCUUUCAUUGACUCCUAUAAAAGCUUUCACCAAUCCUAAGAGCAGCAGCCCAACUAAACUGUUACAGUCAAGAAAAGAGAAGGACGAUGGUAAUGAUGUUUCUUCCUCGUCGCCAGUUCUUCAAAUGAACUCUCAUCAAAGAGUAGAAUCUCUUGAUUCUUCUGUUUAUAAUGAUUCCGUGUGGUCUGGAGUUAAUGUUUCUGUUUCUACAUCAUUAGAUGAAUCCUUUAGUAAGAACGUCACCAAACCUAAGUCCCAUAAUACAAUGACCCCUCUUUCCAAGAAACGUAAGACGAUGGUUGACGAAUCCCCAAAUAACACUAUAGCUUCUCAGAUUGACUCUGUGAUUGAGACUCCCGCCAAGAUACAGAAAUCGGCGGCUGGUUCCAGGGCGUUGCCUGUUACAGCCGAAGGGUGGAACGAAGAACUUGAUGAAGUCUUAAUAAAAGCAUGCCACAAAUAUAAUACCUUCAAGAAUGCCCUCAAGAACACCUCUGUGCUCCGGAAGACAACAAAGAACAGAGUAUUGGCCAGGAUGAUAUACAAUAAAGUUGGGAUUCAUAGGUCACCCAAAGAAAUCGGUUCACGGUUAGUGGAGUUGAUGGGCCAGAAGAGAAUUGACAACAUUGUUGAUGAUAACUUCAAUGGCAUAAGCACCCCAGUUGAAGAGCUCACUCCGGAUUUCAAUGGUAAUAAGGCGACUCAUUUAGAGUCGACAUUUGAUGAAGAUAUCGAUAAGGAAUUGGAGUUACUUCUUUCGUCUCCGCUUGACUUUGACAGUCGUGACCCCAAACGGUACGCUAUUAGUCCUGACGAUUUCAAGAUUGAGUAUUCACACUCACAGAGUGACUAUCAAGAAGUAUUCACCAAGUUGGACAAAGUUAUCCCGGAAUCUGUUCCCCCUAGAGAACCUGUAGCCGUGGAUAAACAGUUAAAUGAGAUUCUUACCAGUGAAAAGUGUCACGACGUUCCUCUUUGGAUCGUGGACUCCAACGUUAAGGUCUCAGGCUCCAGCACCGAGAGUCUUGACUUGUUAAGAGGGAAGUUCCUGUCGUUAUUAUCCCUUAAGGUGCUGGAACGGGAUUCUGAUAGUGACUCCCUAAAAGAUGUUACCCCUGGGUUACUUUCUUGGAAGUCUCUCACUAGAAUCUACGACCAGGAUAAAAUAGUAGUAGAAAACGUUGAGGCAUCAACCGGGUUCUCGUUGAGUAAUGCCGGGGAAUAUAAUAUGCAUAUACCCUUUAUGAAGAACUUUUGGUCGGGGUACCUUUCUCUAUUAACCAAUGGAUCCUCCAACGUGGGACUUCAUUUGAAGGACCUCACGAUAGUCCAAGUGCUAUACACCAAUGGACUGUGUGACAAUCACGAUUUGGACAUCAAAGCUUCUACCGUCCACCUAUGUCUUGUCUAUAAGUUCAAUGAGUCUACUGACAGCCAUCAAACUUCCAUCAAGAUUGUUAGCAAUAGGGGUAAGAGUAUAGUUGAUGAGUCCCAACAACCUCCUGUGCUUAAUGCACUGCUUGUGUCGAAUUAUAGUGCACAUAAGACUGACAUCAAGAGGCAGUUGUCGUCGUCGUCGUUGUCAAAGGCCAUGCAAAGACGGAGUAACUCAAGUAACAUCAACUUGGCUUCGUCAAUGCAUCCUCGAGUACUUGAAUCAUCGCCAUUUAUAACUCCAGGACCAGAGCCAGAUGCAAAUCGCCAUUCACAAGCAAUCCGUCCUCCGGGACCUCAACACGUUAACUCAUUGCCCUUUUUAAAUGGCCCUCAGUUGCAUAAUAGUAGUCAUCCACAUCAGCAUCAACACCAACAUCAUCAACAUCAACAAAAUAGUCACCAUCAACAUCCCCAUCAUCAUCAUCACCCACAUCAUCACCAUCACCAACAACACCCUCACCCACAACAUCAACAUCAACACCACCAGUUCCAACAACAACAACAGCACCUUCAAUCCCAAAGGUUCUCACCAAUGCCUGUACACCAAAGACGUGCAAUCCCACAACCACAAACCAUUGUUUACCAGGAUGCAUCUUUCGAAUUCCCAGUCAUGUCUCAACAGCCACCACGUCAGCAACGAGGGCAUCGGCGAAUGAAAUCUUCAACUUCAACACAUCCUGGUGAACAGGUAUUAAGAUCAGUAUCCACCAACCAUUUUCCAACACCGCCACAUGCAAAGUCUCUUUCAAAUCAAGAGUAUGUUCAAACUUGGAACCUUGAACAGGAAGUGCACUUUGUGGAAUACGACCCUCAUACGCAAACCCAUGCGACUUUUGAAAAGAAGCAUCGUGCUAGACCCCCAAUUGGGAAAGGCUAUUUAAUUGAAGGACCUGCUAGUAAAGAGAACUUAAAGACAAGAACUGGGGUGAUUAAAAUGGGACAAUUUUUUGAGUAUCAUCCCGAGUCCUCCUGUGCACGCAAGAAGCCAAAGAAUAAGGCUUAA